AGUGGGAUCCCUUUAGAGUCUGUGACUUGUUACGAUUCAUCGGUACAGAAACCCUCGGAGAAGUUUACACAAUGUCCAGCGAGGAGGAUGCCACCGUCAGGGAGCCUCUAGAUCUGAUCCGUCUGAGUCUUGACGAGAGAAUCUAUGUCAAGCUCCGCUCAGACCGCGAACUUCGCGGCAAGCUUCACGCGUUUGAUCAGCAUUUGAAUAUGAUUCUGGGUGAUGUUGAAGAAGUGAUCACAACAGUAGAAAUCGAUGACGAGACAUAUGAAGAGAUUGUCCGGACGACAAAGCGCAACAUUCAGUUUCUGUUUGUGAGAGGAGAUGGAGUGAUAUUAGUGUCGCCGCCGCUGAGGGCACCCUGAGUGAAGAUCAAAUCUAAAUCCUAAGCUAAGGAAAUGUUUUUAAAACAAAACUCUCUUAGUGAUCCUCUUCUCUAUGUGGUCUUUGGGACUAUUGGUGUAUUUUAGUCACUUGUUGUCUAAACUCAAGAAGCCUGAAGAAGCUAUGUUGUUCACUUGCUUGUUUUCAAUCUACUUUCGGAUAUUUUUUCCUCUCAAUUCGUGUGAUUAUUCUUAA